AUGCUCCCGGUAGCAUUUGCAGCCGCUCUCUUCCUGGGAGCAGCACACCCAGCUGUGGCAUAUGGGCCGCAUUUCCCUUUGAGAAACUCAACUACCAAUGCCACUGAAACCCAAGCGGCACCGGUCGUAGUAUGGACGACGGUGACGCAAAUCGUGACCCAAACCGCUGAUGCUGGAUGCCCGGCCAACUAUGCCCUGAACCGCAAGCCAACGGCGACCGAAUCGCCCACGGCCACCUUUGUCAACAGCGCUCCUGCAGCGACACUGUCUCCGAAUGUGCACUGGUCGUACGACACAAAGGCCAUUGAGAAUGUGAUUCCGGUCGAACCAAAGAAGGGUUGUGAGCUUUACUAUGGUGCUUCCGAACCGUCCAAGUCGGGCUACUAUGCCUUUGUCACCUACUUCUUCAAGUCUCCCGCUGUCAAUAUUGACCACACCGACCACCUGGCGGCUGAGUACCACGAGAAGAACGGCAUGACGGUGUCCUUCAACAACAAAGAGGCCUUCAAGCACGCACUGGACACUUGGACCAUGGCCAAUGGUCUGCUCUUGAUUGCGUACAUCCCAGGCUGCGGCGACUACGCCAAGGGAGAACGGUGCUACUUCAACGUGACUGCCAUUGAGUACAAGCACGACCAGUUGGUCAUUGUGGCAAAGGGAGACUCGAUGCACCCCGAUCAGGUCACCAACCUUGGUGAGACGGAAUGGGGUUGGUGGAAUGCGAACAAGGACAAGGCCCAUGGCUCUGCCUCGGCCUCUGGCGAAGCCUUUGCAUGGGGCACAUCGACCGCAUCUGCCUCCCCUUCGUCUCCGACCGGUGCCUCGUCUGGCGCCAGCAAGCCCCUGGGACAGCUCGAGUGCACCGCGCCGGCCGACGACGCCCACGGGCUGCCCACGGCGUGCCUGGGAAGCAACUUCGACCAGCUCCUGGACAAGCAGCUUGGAUACACGGAGCUGAGCCCCGAGGCCAAGCAGUUCCUGGACAGCCUCUCGUCCGGCUCCAACGUCACGGGCCCGGCCAACUCAACCCUGUCUGCGCGUGCCCUGCGCAUGCGCCGCCGGUCCCUUGCGCAACGGGGCUUCUGGUCCGGCGUGUGGAACUUCUUCAAGACGGCCUUCACGACCGUCUACAAUGCCGUGGCGAGCGUCAUCAGCAUCGGAGGGGCCAUCGACCGUGACUUUUCCUUCAAAGCGCCCGACCCGGAGUCCUCCAACACGUGGGCAAAGACGCUGCUCGGGGACCUGACGCAAACGCAGUCGCCAUGGGGCGAGGCCAUCCUCCUCAAGUCGCUGGGGUCGCCCAACGCGGUCGGCGACGACGGCGUCCUCAAGUACAUGAACGUGUACUGCGUCGGGUGCGGCGCCUCGGGCCACGCUCAAGUGGCCGGCCGAGCGCAAUGGUCGCCGCUCGCCGGGCUCCAGGAGGGCCGGCUCGAGCUGCAGGCCAACAUGCAGUUUGUCCUCAAGCUCGGCAUCGACGCCGAGUUUUCGCUCCGCCAAAACCUCGAGUACGAACUAUUCAACUACGGGCUCCCCGCGCUGUCCUUUGGCGUCGUCACCAUCGGGCCCUACGUCUCGGUGGGCGCGCGCGUCGGCCUCGAGGCGGCGGCGCGAGGCAAGGUCCUGGUGGGCGCCGAGAUGGGCAUGCAGGACUCGCUGGUGGUCAUAGACCUCGUCAACCCGGGAAACAACAAGAACAGCGGCUGGGACCCGUACUUCAAGCCCGUCUUCGAGGCGUCCGGCGAGGUGGCGCUCUCUGCCGAGCUCGGCCUGCCUGUCGGGCUCAAGUGCGGGCUGAAGAUCUCGUCCUGGGAGAAGGCGGUCGGCGUCGUCGACGAGCCCUCCAUCAAGGGCACCGCCAAGGUGUCUGGAUCUGUCAACCUGACCGACGCCGGGAGCAUCGUGGGUGCCUUUGGGGACAGCGACGGCUGCGACGGGAUCCUGACGCAAAUCAGCUGGCGCAACCGGCUUUGGGCAGGGCUGGUUGAGCCCGGCGACGCCCCCUUGCUGGAUACCCAGGACAGAGCCCUGUUCCGGAAAUGCAUUGGCAAGGACAACAAGCCAGCACGACGAGAGCUCCUCGACGGACCGCGUCCCAUGCGCAUCACGGCCACGGACAAGACGGCGCGGUCCAGCACCGGAUCCAAGUCCAUGACGUAUAAUGUGCAAGGCGUGCCUACCGAGCUGUACAACCAGACGCUCAACCACAGGCUCCUGCCGCUCGUGAACCCGACUCGCUCAACCAGGAUCGUGUCGUGCGCCAACGGCAACCUCUACGCGGUGCAAAACGACGACCAGGACAACGAGUACUGCUUCGGGCUCUGGGACACGACGGGUCAAUCAGACAUCGUCUACGACGGCGUCCACCGGUCCCUCCACUACUACAGCGAGACAAUGUCGAGGCUGGGCGUCUCGCGCCUCCGGGCCAGCGACGCGGCCCAAGUGCCACGAACCGCCGUCACCGUGGCACUGGUGCCGUUCCGAAACCCCGACGGGGACGACUUUUACGUCGUCGUCGACCACGCGGAGCAGGUCCUGUUCCCCAUCGUCUGCGACUUUGCCGGCGAGACGGCGUCCAAGCUCUUUGUCGUCAGCGACCCGGUCGCCGGGCCCGAGACGCUGCUGCGAAAGGACGUCCUGUACUCGGUGACGGGGGGCGACGUCUCCAAGUGCCAUCCGCUGGCACUGAAGCCAUGA